CGACGACCUCCGCGAACGUAAAAAAAAAUAAUCAGGGCCAUCUCCAUUCUCAACCCCCCCCACAUCUAAACAUCGCCAAGACUGUUUGCCAUUCGAGGUAAACAGAUCCCACUCUUCUUUUCUCUCAUAGACCUUGACUCCGGUGAGCCCGCUCUCAAGCCCCUCGCGCGACAGAUUCGCGAACGAGGUUCGUGUCACGGAACCACCCACCGCCAACGACCAACAUCCAACUCAAGAAGGACAAGCUGAGAUUCGGUAUUUGGAAACCCAAGGAAUCAUACGCGGUGAUCGCAACGCAUCUUCACCGUGGCCUCUGCCUGCGCGAGAUAUUGGACACUCCGCCUUCGACCAGGUCUUUCACGCGGUUGGCACUCGAGCACAUUCGGUCAUCGAUCGUGACCGUCUCGCCAGUAUACAGAUCCCUUCAUCGAAGUUUGUUAAGCCCGCCGAGACCCGUGGAGUCGUAUUGUGUAUGAAAGAGCGCCAGGUUCGAGGAUCGUCGUUGAUCUGAGGGAAGGUGUUCACGCUUUCUCGGUGCCCGCAAAUCUUCGAGCUUCAAGCCACACGUGAGCACGGGAUUUAAGCCAGCCGUAGCAUGUCCAAACGCGUGGCUGAAGGUCUCCAAGGGGGUUCAGAUAGAAUGCACGAAUUCGGCAUGAUGGGCACACCUGAAGAGAAGCCCCAACGGGCGACGGCCGCUCAGCUGGCCAACAGAAAGAUCAAAGAGAUUCGCAAGCGUCCUCGUGGAACAACCCCGACCGGCGGAGCUGGCGAACCAUCCGGCGCAUUCUCACAAAUCUCGUCUGCUCCAGCUCCCUCAUUUCCAGCGCCUACAAAUCAGUCAAGUGGCUUUAGCUUCGGUCAAAGUCAAAGCUUCCCCGGAGCUACCGCAACACCCAGCCAGCCCACUCAAGGAGACUCUGCCCCGUUCUCCUUUGGCGGGAGUAGCUCAACGUCAUUCAACUUCUCCGGUGGAUUUGGAGCCCCUGCAAGCAACCCAUUUGCGAACAACAGUUUUAAUGCCGGGAAUUCUGCCCCUGCUCAACCAAGCUCCACUACGGGGUCUGUAAGCUUCGGCGGAUUUGGAUCUCAACCCGCCAAUCAAUCCACCUCUCAGCCAGCCUUUUCGUUUGGCGCACCGCAAAAUGCGAGCAGCUCAGUAACCACCGGCCUGUUUGGGCAAUCAGCAACCCCCAAACCCACCGGAAAUACUGUUGCAGAUUCUAUGCAGAUGUCUCCUGAUGCUAAACCUAAGAAUCCCUUUGCUGCGUCUUCCUCCCUCCCGAGUAAGAACAUCUUCGGUGACUCGGGUGCCUCGAACAUCUUUUCGUCGAAGCCUGCUGCACCAGUCAGCAAUCCAUUCGGCGGUCUGAGCUUGCCUGCUGCUACUGAGAAGCCCUCAAGUGACAAGCCAGAAGCCUUCGCGGCCAAGCCUGCCUUUGCCAGUCAGGCACCCACCGCUGCCUUUGGGUCCCUAUUUGGAGCCACGUCUGCCACUUCCACCCCGUCAGAGCCUGAGAAGCCUGCUACAAACAAUCUCUUUGCUCCCAAAGCAGCCGCUCCAGCUGCUCCCUCCAGCAACCCGUUCAUGUUCUCCAAGCCCGCAGCCCCAGAACCUGAAAAAGCGGUCGCCACUGAAGUUGCAUCCAACAACAUAUUUUCGCCGAAACCUAGUGCUGGGCCAUCUAGCGCAGGCAAUAUCUUCGCUCCCAAGCCUGCAGAGCAGACUUCAACACCCAAUUUCUUUACCCCUAAAGCUCCUACGAACGACGCAAUCUCUACCACUCCAGCUUCGCAGCCAUUCGAGAACCUCUUCAAAUCGACAGCCACAUCGAAGCCUGCCACUGAACAGGCUCCAACGAGCAAUAUGUUCGCGGCAAAGCCGGCCACGGCGCAAACUUCCCAAGAGCCUGCGGCGCCUGGAUCCUUUAAUUCUCUGUUUGGAGGAACCUCUAAAUCUGCCACGAUCAAGCCUUUCGGAAACAAUGUCGCCGGUUUGUCUACCAUCGAGAACCCAGCUCAAGCGGUUGCAGCGACGCCGAGCCUAUUUGCACCCAAACCCGCGACAGAGCAGGCUUCUGACAAGCCCAUCGAAGCUCCGCAACCAUUCAAGAACCUAUUCGGUACCUCCUCGACAACUUCCAAGCCAGCUGAGCCUGCGACAGAGCAACCUGCGCCGAGCCCUACUAAACCAUUUGCCAACCUACUCGGUGGUCAAACUACGGCUCCUCAAGCUACUCCGGCGAAGGCCGCGGUGACACCUUCUGGCAUUGCUAGCGUCCAGAAACAUGAACCAGCAAUGCCGAAGCUAAAUGUUCCUCCUGGCACAAGAAAGGAUAUCGCAGAGAAUGCCGAGUUGUUGUGGAAGAUUCGAGGAUUGGAUACACACUUCAAGCAAGAAGUCAUGAAGUACCAACCUGGAACGGACAGUUUCGAUAAUCUGAUCCUCUUUUACAUCAGGGUUCGGAACGGCAUGGGUGCGCCGAUCAAGGGUGCCCCCGAGCUACAGCCGAAGAAGGCGGCUGAGACGUCUGUUCAUGUCGACGGCCCCAACGGCUCGACUACAUCUAGCGUGUUUGCCAAAUCUUUCUCCUCGCCGAGCCCCAGCCCAGCUCAGCCGGUGGCUGUGUCAACUCCGACCCAGAGCGCUACGGGUAAUUUGUUUGCUAAAUCAAUGUCAAAUGGCAGUGCCGCCUCUCCAGCACCCGUUGCUUCUCCUGCACCCAAGCCGGCGGGUAACAUGUUUGGGCAGCCAGCUUCCCCUGCGCCAGCCGCUUCACCUGCUCCCAAAUUGGCAGGUAACAUGUUCGCGCAGUCGGCCUCCGCAGCCCCCGCUGCUUCUCCUGCCCCGAAGUUGGCAAGCAAUCCAUUCGCGCAGUCCGCUUCUGCAAAGGCCCCGAACGGCUCUGCAGCUCCUGCUCCUCCUAAAUUUGGGAAUAGCGUUGGUACCGUGGAUUUCAUGGCACAGUUCAAGCAAAAGGCAGAGAAAUCCAUGGCUGAGGAGAAGGCCAAACGCAAGGCAGAAGACUUCGAUUCAGAUGAAGACGACGAAGAAGAGUGGGAACGCCGUGAUGCUGAGCAACAGCGUGAAAAGCGCGCGAAGCUCGAAGCUAGCAGUAAGAAGAAGUCUGUUUUUAGGAACGGGAAGUUCGAGUGGGUUGAUGUCGAUGAGCCUGCUUCGACGGAGUCCGACCGCAAUGCUGUCAAGCCCGCCGAUAAACCGGCUGCUAGCUCUCUGUUUGUUCCCGGCGACACUGCCGUUUUCAGUGCUCCCUCUCCUGCAUCCUCCACUGGUUCCAUCUUUGAAUCCUCUAGCCGGCCUUUGCCCGCAUCUGAGAACAUCUUUGGCCGUCUUACCCCGAAGCCGAGCGACGCUGACAAGGACAGCGAUGAGUCUGGUGACGAGGGCAAGGCUUCUUUUUCCAAGCGCCCUGCCGAAGAAGACGCCAGCACGGAUGACGAUUUUGUAUCUGCCCUCCGCAACUCCAAGCGGACCAAGCCCUCAGAACAAACUGAUGCCGCCAAGUCUAGCCUAGACACGCCUCUUCCGGCGCCGACUGCCGCUGCUGGUCGCAGUCUGUUUGAUCGGAUCCAAUCUCCUGCCCCUACCUCUACUCCCCAGAAGGAGACUUCUACAUCUACAUCGAGCCUCUUCUCGGCUAGCUUCGGUCAGUCGACUUCCUUUGGCAAGUCCAUCUCCUUUGGUCAAAACAACGCCACACCAGCUGCGGAUAAGACCUGGAAGCCUACCUCACCGAUUAAGUUUUCCACUGAUUCCGCUCUGUCCGCCACUUCGGCUCCUCCGUCGACUUUGGCCUCUACUCAGCCCUCCAGCGGGGUUAAUUCUGGAGAUGCCACCCCUGAUGAGGAGCCUGCCCCCGGCGAGGUUUUUGACAUGUCCCAGGCCAAUGCGGGCGAGGAAGAUGAAACCUUGGUCUUUGAAUGCCGCGCUCGUGCCUUCAAGCUGACCACCGGCUGGACCUCCCAGGGUACGGGCAUUGCCCGUCUGCUCAAGCACCCCGAGACCGGGCGUGCCCGUAUCGUGCUCCGUGCCGAUCCCGGUGGCAACGUCAUCCUGAACACGUUCCUGAAGAAGGAGUUUGACUAUGCUCGCCAGGCCAAUAGCGUUCAAUUCCUGGUGCCUCAGGCCGACAGCGAGCAGCCCGAACAUUGGGCCGUUCGUGUCAAUGCGAAUUCCAUUGAAGAGCUCUACAGCAAGAUCCAAGAGAUCAAGAACUAAGGACAUUUUCGAGAAAGAGAAAGAGAUGAUGAUGAUAUGCAAAAAGAAGAGGAAUGAAAUAUUUUCUCUUACUGUGUUUUCUGUGUUACGGGUCGGGUUGCGGAUUUGUUUCUCAUUUAUUGCAUGUACGAUAUCAAAGUUGGCCGGAGUUGUUUUGAGUUCGUCUUUUCUACCUGCAUUUCUUAUCGACAUAUUACAUCCGGCGAGGAUUAUGCAUUUUAGGCCAUCUUUGUGAAUGAAGAGUUUCCGCACCCAUUGUGAUCUGUAAUGUGAAGUUUGUAGGGUGAAUCUUGUCCAGCGUAGUCGUCUGGCAACGAGGAUCGAGCGCUUGAAGUCGAGAGGUUCGUGCUGCCAUCGCCUAAAGAAUGAAAAACUACACGUUACGGUGAAGCCGAAGAAGAGAUAAGUUGAGCAAGAAGGUAUUUUGAUUUUAAAAAGCCCCGACCAGAACCCCAGUUGAAUAUGGAAUCAUAGAAGCGACAACACCGGUGGGAUUACAGAACCCAUUUACGCGUCAUCGACGGUAGCGGUGUGCAGACCCUUGGGGUUCUUGACGUUGACAGCCUGGACGUGGGAGUACAGACGCUCCUUGGCACCCUCCUCGUCGUUACGCUUGCGGGAGAUGCGGAUGCGGAGACGGAAGGGAACGCCCUUGAUACCAGCCUCCCAGACCUUCUUGUUCAGGGCGGGGUCGACACGGACAUCCUUGGUGCCCUGUAGAAAGAGAGUGAGGUUAGCAUGACCCCAAAGAGAACAUGACGAGAAUAAGACAGGGUGUUGAAUUUGACUUACCAUAGCCUGCUCGGCGAAAGCACGGAUCUCCUUGAUAGCACGGGGAGCACGCUUCUUGAAGCUGACACCGUGGCACUAUAACCAUUGAAAGAAGGUUGCAAUUAGUCUUCCGUCCGAAUGCCAUCUGGUAGAGAUCGAGUCCCUGCGAGAGAAUUUCUGGUUCGGCCAUAGAGGUGGACUUCAUAAAACUAAUUUCUUCUUCUUGUCGGCCAUGCCAUGACGACCGGGAGGGGCAAACGCUGCUCUUCCAUUCCUCUGAAGGGUACUCAUGACACCCUCCUUUGGAAAGAAAAGUCGAGUUUCCCUUCCCGGUUGUCAAGCCUGUCGAAUCUUGAAUUUUUUUCGAGAAAGAUGCGGUGGUGUGGUUGGAAGGGUGGUUUCAAAAGGAAGGGUCGGAACAUUUUUCAAUGUCCAAUUCCCUUUUUCGCACCCAAGUGCGCACACACACUAAUUUUCCUCAUAGAAGAAACUCCGUAUUUCAAGAGAGUGUGUUCUCUGUCCAUUUGUACCUCCACAGAUUCUUCGCAGAAUCCAUUUAUCUCGCGAGUAAGGGGGAUAGUCUCGAGGGGGAUUUUUCAGCUUCAACAUACCCGCUUGUGGAGGUUGAUGGUGUACUCGCGAGACACCACGUCGGAGAUAGCCGAGCGGGUCUUCUUGCCGGUGUUUGCGGAGGACAUUUCUGGACGUUGUCAAUGGGGAAUUCGGGAGAUUGAAUAGGUGGUGUGAGAGACUGACUGUUGGAUGGGGUGGUCGGCGACUGUGGGCGAAAGUUGUCGAUGGGGAGAGAAAUUCAAAAUUGUGGCCGGCGGGUGAAGUUCGUGUGGGCCGACGGG